CAGAGGGGACGUCACGUGGGCAGGGUCACGUGGCCCAGAGAGGAAAAAGGGGGUUCUUUUUGGUGUAAAUCUGGACUCUAAUUCUGUAAUAUAUCAAGGAAUCUCGUAAAACCGACACUAAAACGUCCCUGCCUACAAAUCAUCCGGCCAAAUUAUGAGUUCAUUGUAUUAUGCGAAUGCUUUAUUUUCUAAAUAUCCAGCCGCAAGUUCGGUUUUCGCUACCGGAGCCUUCCCCGAACAAACUUCUUGUGCGUUUGCUUCCAACCCCCAGCGCCCGGGCUAUGGAGCGGGUUCGGGUGCUUCCUUCGCCGCCUCGAUGCAGGGCUUGUACCCCGGCGGGGGGGGCAUGGCGGGCCAGAGUACAGCUGGCGUCUACGCGGCCGGCUACGGGCUCGAGCCGAGUUCCUUCAACAUGCACUGCGCGCCCUUUGAGCAGAAUCUCUCCGGGGUGUGUCCCGGCGACUCCGCCAAGGCGGCAGGCGCCAAGGAGCAGAGGGACUCGGACUUGGCGGCCGAGAGUAACUUCCGGAUCUACCCCUGGAUGCGAAGCUCAGGGACGGACCGCAAGCGAGGCCGCCAGACCUACACCCGCUAUCAGACCCUGGAGCUGGAGAAGGAAUUUCACUACAAUCGCUACCUGACAAGGCGGCGGCGCAUCGAGAUCGCGCACGCGCUCUGUCUCACCGAAAGACAGAUUAAAAUCUGGUUCCAGAACCGCCGCAUGAAGUGGAAAAAGGAGAACAAGACAGCGGGCCCCAGGGCCACCAGCCAGGACAAGGCUGAGGCAGAGGAGGAUGAGGAAGAGUGAGGGACAGAGAAAGAGCAGAGGAAGAGAGAGAGGGAGAGAGGGAGAAGCCCAGCUCUGGGAACCGAACCAGGAAACUCAAGUCAAAUAGGGAGAAAACAAAAUAAAAAAAAACAAACAAAACAAAAACUAUUUAAAUGAAUAGCAGUACAUUUUUUUUUUUUAAGGAGAGAAGGUGAAAUUUUGGUUUCUUAACACUGAACAGAAAAAUACUACCUAUAGUAAAGUCUGACGACGGGUUUGUUUUGUAUAAUAUGGGAAGGAUAUCACCUACCUAUUCUGUAGCUUUCUGGAAUCUGCCUCCCUUUUCUAUGUCGCUAAUUGUAAGGUCUUUGGUAAAAAUCUUGCUGUUUUGUAAGUCCCUUCUUUGUGGUCUGUGGGUCUGGACUAAUGUGUGUGGUUCCCCGCCUUUCUGAGCGCCCCCGUCUUCCCGGUAUCGCACUGAAGGGGCUUUAGGGAGCCCCAAGAACCCACUACCCAGCUCGUAUCCCCUCUGUGCCCCUGGCCUGCCCAUUGCUCCUUGUUCCUGCCAGACCCUGUGAUCUUCUUUACAUUCUCUGUGUAUCUGAAGGAUGGAGAAAUAAAAGCAAUUAAAAAUAAA